GAGCCAACCAUCGAACGAACGCCGCAACUCCCUUCUCCCUCCCUAAAAAAAACUCCCUCUCCCUCCAAAACCGCGAGCGCCAGCGGGGAUCCAUCCAUCGCAACCCAACGGCCGGACGGACGCGCGGCGCGGCGCGGACUGAUCCGAUCGGUCGACCGGCGCACACAUGGCCGGCGACGACUGGCGCUGCCGGAAGCACCCGCCCGUGCCCUGCGGCGGCGUGUGCCCGCACUGCCUCUGCGACCGCCUCCUCCGCCUCUGCCCCGACUGCGCGCGGACGCGCCCCUGCCCCUGCGCCUCCCCCUCCUCCCCGUCCUCAUCGGCCUCCUCCGCCUCCGUCGGCCGGGUAUGCAGCCUCAUCGAGCGGGAGCGCCGGAUCGGGCGCUCGCGGUCCGUGGCCGGCGGCGACGAGCGGCGCCGGUCCAGGGUCUGGGGCUGGGCCUCUUUCCGGAAGCCGGCGGCCGGCAGGGGCAUGGAGCUGGAGAACGAGGAGGAGCAUCACCACGCCGCCAAGGACGCCGAGGAAUUGGAGCGGUCGAGCUCUGUUUCCGGGCUCAAGGUGACGCCCAAGGCCGGAGGGUGGGGCCGGUUCCUUCCCGGCCCGAUCAAGGCGCUGCGCCACCGCAAGUCGCGCGCUGCCGCCGGCGCCGGCGCCCGAGGCGACCGCCGGGAGGGCGUGAGGUGAGGUCGCCGGCGCGCGGCUAGGUUGUUUUCUUUCCGUGCCUGUUGAUGAUCAAUGGAUCUCGUUGGCUGGUGAUUCUGUAACUCCGAGUCGUCCUGGCCCCUUUGGGUCUCGCCCGUAAUUAUACACAAUAAAGUUGUGAAUAGAAUUGUGUUAGUUGAUCCGA